AUGGUGGCUACCUAUGGUGCAGAUCGAGUUGUACGAUUCUGGUGUCUAGAUGAACUUGUACAAAUCGCCAUGUCAGACGCGUUCUCCUCGAGGAUUCGCUGUGCCCAGUUUGCCGAUCCCCCUGAUAUGGAUCCAGUACUAGUUGCAUGUACCGAUCACUACAUGAAAACGUUGACUUGUGAACCCUGCGAAUCUUUAGCUAUGAAUCAAAUAGGGGAUUUACGCAAGGUUUUGAAUAUGAACACAUCGGCUGACAGUGUGGGUGUUAUUUGCACGGAUUCUGUUGGUGCUGUGUCUUACUCAGUGGUUCCCAUGGAGGAGAUACUUGAAGGGCCGAAAAAACCCAUAGAUUUUUACGAUGACGAUGACGACGACGAGUCGUUGUCUGACGAGAUCCCUAACAUGACAUUACGCUGCGAAUCGCCGUCUGUUUCAAGGGGAACUAAUUCGGUGCCUUCAGCAAUUCACAUCUCUUCUUCUGAUUGUGGAAUAGACAGCUCGUCGAUAUAUGGGAAUAAUCAAGUCAACCUUCCGAUUCGUUCAUCUUCAUCAGACAGGAACGCGACCUUUAAAACGGCCACGCGCAAUCUACGUGAGCCUGCCAGGAGGCGAACAGACACGGACAAAGCUUUAGUUGGUCGUCCACGCAGCCCUUCAAUGUCAUCUGUCGCAUCUUUUCAGAGUAGUAGUGAUUUGCAGCCUUUAAGACUGAAAGAAGGCUCGCGACUUAUUUGUCGGAGUGUAUCGCCUGCAGCGAAUGUCGCUUCACUGAAGGAAACUCCAAUGGUAGCAGUACGUUCAGCAGAGAAGCCGUUGCGUCCAUUGGCAACUGGAACGAAACCCCCUCGAGAGUCGAAUCGACCGCUCCAGCGAGAUGCACGUGUUCCCUCCAGCGGUGAUGAUACGAAUCCAGUGCAACGAAAAAAUUCAAAGCAGGGACUGCCACUCAAAGAUUUUGUUAACAAAGUGGAAAAAGGACACUACAUAGCAGUGAUGCAAUCGAAGAAAACAUCAAUUGGAGUGGAUCACUUGGUAGGAUCUCUGAAGCAUGGGGGUCUCUCCUCUAUGCUUAAAGAUGGCCUCUUCGCUGAUUCGUCGGCAGUUACAGUAAUGUUGCGAAUGUUUAACGAAACGGCACGUUGGGAUAUCAACAUAUGCAGCAUGUACUUGCCGAAGCUCAAAGAAUUUCUGGAGGACACCUCCUUGCCUGAAUCGUGCCGCCAAGUCGCUUUGUCGUCUUUGCAAUGUAUCGCUACUGGUCUAAUAGAUUCACUGCGAAACUGCGCUCGAGGGCCGAUCAGUUCCAUUGGAGUGGAUGUUGCUGCCGAAGAGAGAAAGAAGAAAGCUGAGAGAAUUAGGGUUGUCAUAGACGAAUAG